AGCCACUUCCUCCUGUUUUUAAAGUAAAUGUGACACACAUAAAUCUGGUGUUUAAUUAGCAUUUUAUCAGAAGUUGUUUAGAAAGAAGGGAAAAAUGAGAACCAGCACACUGACAUUCAUAGACAUUCUGUUGGCAAUCAUAUUGCCUCCCCUUGGUGUUUUCCUCAAGUUUGGCUGCCAGGCGGAAUUCUGGAUUUGUGUUUUGCUGACUCUCUUUGGAUGGCUACCUGGUAUUGUCUAUGCUAUUUAUGUCCUCACAAAGUGAUCUAUCAUCUUCCUUCCCUAUGGAUAUUUGAAGGCCAUUAGUAAAUAUCUUCAUAUCCGCUAAUGGAGUAUCUAGCUUCUGCUUUAUUUAUUCUUGGAUGUUGUUUCUUCUAAGUUUACCCCCUCUGUUUUUGUUUUUAUUUGGUUAUUCUUCUCGUGUGUGUGUUUCAAUAGAGAUAUUUGGAUAGAUUGUUGAUGAAGAUAUUUAUCCUGAUUCAAUGUCUUCAUUACAUUUGGGAUUGUAAUGUAACUUCCAUUGCAUUUUAAUUGGAUAUACAAAUAAUUGCUACUACUACAUUAUACUA